AUGACGGGGGUAUUGGACAGCCUCGCCUCAGAUAUGCAUUCCAACCAGAUUACCUCCAACAGUUACCAUCACCAGCAACAGCAGCAGCAGCAACACCACAGCUUACACAAGCCCCAGGAGUCUCCCACGUUGCCUGUGUCCACCGCCACGGACAGCAGCUACUACACCAACCAGCAGCAGCACCACGGAGGAGGAGGAGGAGGAGGAAGCGCCGGGAGCAACGCGGGCAGCGGGUCCCCGUACGCGCAGAUGGGCUCCUACCAGUACCACCCGAGCGGCAUCAGCGCGGUGCCUUACUCCACCAAAGCCGGCAGCUACGACCUGGGGUACUCGGCCUCUUACAGCUCCUAUGCAACCUACGGGGCAAGGACGUCCCCGGUCAGCAACGAUCCUGCCGAGAAAGAAGAAGGCGAGCCCGAGAUCCGGAUAGUCAACGGCAAGCCCAAGAAAGUGCGAAAGCCGAGGACGAUCUACUCCAGCUUCCAGCUGGCAGCUCUGCAGCGACGCUUCCAGAAGACCCAGUAUCUGGCACUGCCCGAGAGAGCCGAGUUGGCAGCAUCCCUAGGCCUAACCCAAACUCAGGUGAAGAUCUGGUUCCAGAACCGCCGUUCCAAGUUCAAGAAGAUGUGGAAAAGCGGCGAGAUCCCCGCCGACCAGCACCCGGGCGGCAGCAGCUCCCCGCCUUGCUCGGCGGCGUCUCCGGCCUCGACCACACUAGCCUGGGACUUCGCGCCGCACCCACAGCGGAUGAGCAGCGGUGGCGGAGGCGGAGGCAGCAGCGCUGGAUCCAGCCCGGGCGCCCCAGGCGCAACGGCUGCUUUCCUGGGCAACUACUCGUGGUACCACCAGGCGUCGAGCGCCGCUGCUUCCCACUUGCAAGCCGCCUCCCCGAUCUUGCAGCAAGCGCAGCCUCACCAGCACCACCCGCACCUCCACCACCACCACCACCACAGCGCCGCUGUCAGCGCAGGGACGAUUUUCUAACCCGCCGACGCGUUCUGCCCGCGCAACCCAGCUCCCCCAAGUGGAGUUGGAGGAGGAGGGGAGUCCUGUUCACUCCGCGCUCCUGUCCCCAAA